UCUAUUUAAGAACACAUCCAAAACUCCAGAGAGUAUACACUCCAAAGAACCAAGAAAGUAAGCAAUGGCAUCAUUUUUUUCAUGUCAUCUCAUCUUCAUCAUUUCACUUCUUCUUACUUUUACUUACGUCAAUGCAGAAGAUCCUUGGUGGAGCUUCUGCAAUGACAACAAGAAGAUAAACAGUACAAAAAUCUCAUCCAACAUUGAUCAUAUACUACCCAACUUAGUAUCUCAUACUUCAGUUCAAGGUUACACCUUUCUCUCAUCCGGUUCCGGAAAUGACCGUGUUUACGGUCUAGCUCAAUGCCGAGGAGAUGUUUUAAACACUAAAGAAUGCUCCAAGUGUAUCGAAGAAGCAUCAUUCCAAAUACGAAAAACUUGUCCCGACCAAGCUGAUGCGAGAAUUUUGUACGAAUUUUGUUUCUUACGGUACGAUACUAAUAAGUUUGUAGGAGAAUUAGAUACUUCUAAUGGUUUAAUUUACUGGAACGUCGAAAACGUUACUGGAGAGACUGCUGUUUUCGAAAAGAUACUUGGAGAUUUGACGGAUAAAGCUACCAGAGAAGCUUUGGAUCGUAGGAAUCGGAUUGGAUUCGGCAAAGGGCAAAUUAAGUUAUCGCCAUUUGAGACAUUAUAUACCCUGGUACAAUGUACAAGAGACUUGUCUAAACUAGCUUGUUCGCAAUGUCUAGCAACUGCAGUUGGAAAUUAUGCUGGGUACUGUAAGGAUAAGAAAGGAUGUCGCGCUAUAUAUAGUAGUUGUUUUGUAAGAUACGAGCUGUAUCCGAUCUUUUUCCCUGUUAGAUCCGUCAACACUACGGCUCAAAAUGUCUAUUCAAGACACUUGUCGUACCCAUAGAUGUAUGUUUGUACCCAUAGAUGCAUCUUUAUAAAAAUAUUGAAAGUUUGGAACGAAA